AUGGCACGGACCAAAGGCAUCACACUGCGGGUCCGCAAAGGACCUGCCGACGAUGCAUCCGCCGUUUCAACCACCAGCACUGAUCCUGUAGCAGCUCCAAUAGAUUCGAUCACAGACGCAGAGGAGCCAUCAGCAGAAGCGCAACCAAAGGACGAAGAGAUGGCGCUGGCCGAGAGCUUACGAGGCGCUGGUCUGUCUCGGUCAAGAAGCUCGCGACUCUCCAGAACACGGUCCCACGAAGAGGCCUUCGGUACCGCCUCGUCUUCCACACGAGCUACUCCCUCACGCCGACCGCGCCGUCAAUCCACAAAGCCAGAGCAGCAGGGCGUCGAUCAGGACGUCGAGAUGGGUUCUCCACAGGCGCAAGAAGCCACUGAGGGCGAUGACGACGCUGAAGCAGACCAUUCCGAAGCAGCACACAACACAUCUUCUACUCCACGAAGCCGCAGCGCUCGCACUCGCGUCAAAGCUUCCACCACACCAGUUCCACAAACUCCAACGGCUGCGCCUCGAUCGCAAAGGAGUCCAAGAAAGUCGAGGAUAGCAGUCGUCGGCAGAAGAGGCCCCGGCCGUGGCCGAGGCAAAGCGGCGGACGACGAAGACGAGGAACGCUCCGAGCAGCCCGAAGAUGAUGCAGAGCAGGACGAUGACGGCGGCGCUGGAGAUGACAAUGCUGAAGAGGAAGCAGACGGGGACGAGGACGCUGAGGAAGAUGCCGACGCAGAUGCCGACGGUGACGGAGAUGGAGACGGAGAUGGAGAAGGGGACGGGGACAACGACGAUGAGGAAGGGGUCGACGAAGAAGGACGCAAGACGGUCACCAUCAAAGGCACAAAGUACCUGCUCGAAGCGGACGAAGAGGAGGUCGUUCUGCCGUCCGAUCCAGAAGGCGACAAGAAGGUGGACGACAAGGGACGAUUGCAGGGCGGCAGGCAGUACAAGGCAUACAACUUCACCUCGGACCUACGCUCGGAUCCAGAAAAGGUCUACAUGCUCGCCAUCGACGCUGCACGUUCGGCUGGCUACCGUGACUCGCUCUACUUCUUCCGUCGUAACCCUCAGAUCUUCAAGAUCGAGCUCUUCCAGGCGGAGAAGGAGAAGUUGAUUGACGACGGACGACUGAGCGGUCAACUCAAGACACGCAAUGUCACCAUGGUACCAGCUCGAAACGUGUACAAGCUGCACGGCGCUCGCUUCCUGAGCGGCGGCAAGGCCAUCAUCGACGACUACUACGAAGCCGAAGCGCGCGCUUCAGGUGUCAAGGAAGGCAAGACGGUGGGAGGCAUGUCCAACGAAGAGCAGGAGAAGCGUCGUGAGUUGGAACGCGAGCGAGACCGACCCAAAAAGAAGGUCGACACCUUCAGCUUCACCACCAUCGAUCCGCAAGGCGACCCAGUUGUGACGCAAUUUGGUGACUCAGGCCAGGCGCCUUACGUGCGAGCUGGCAACUGGCAAUCCCGUCGGGCAGCUCUGCAACGGAGCGAUAUCACCGAGGACAAUUGGAUGCUGGAGAUGGCGCGAAGCGUACGCGGCAUGAACUCCGAGCUCAACGAGACGCGCAAGGACCGACUGUCGGCGUUCCCGCGCUUCAACCGCUACCUGGACGUAGACGACGCCGCGAAAGCCGAGCAGCUCAAAGAAGCGGUGGCGGAUGGGGAAGCAGAGCCCGAGGACGACCCGGAGGCACUCAAUGACCUUCCACCGUGGGAGCGAGAAAACCUUCCGGCUGCCACCGCUACAGAGCUCGAAGACGACAGCAAGAAACGGCAAGAUCUGCUGCAGGAUAAGCUCGAGGCUCAGCGUCGCCAGGGUCCGCCGAUCGGCGUCUACGAGCCCAACACGCAUCUUCCUCACUUCAGCGUGUUGACCCAGCCGACGCAGGCCAGCUUCGUCAAGCUCGCCCAACGACCUGCGUACAUUGAGGAUGCAGCGCAAGCACGCGGCGACCGAAGACCCAUCCUCGGCGGCGACAAGCUGGGGUCAGGUGGGUGGGGUGUUGCCAGUAUCUCAGUUGAGUGCCUGCCCCCGAUCAGAUUGCCAGGCCAUCUUGCUGUUCCGGCAGGCGAGAACGCUUCAUCGACUUGA